CCCACCAGAUUUUGAAAUAGAGAACAAGCCAACCCCACACGUUAUUCCUCCAAUAAAAUCAAACCCAAGAACAUCGUGUCGUCAUUUGUAUAUGUAUUCCAUUUUCCAUAACCCUUUUUCUUAUAAUCUCUCAACACCCAUCCUUCUUCGUCUUCUUAUAAGGAAGACGAAGAAAGUAAAAUAAUAUUGCGUCAUCAGCUGUUUUUCAACAUCUAAUGCCACUUGUAGCUUUAACAUAGUUUUUGUGAUAUACCAAAGCAGGGGAAAAACACAAUCUUCCCACCUCAUUUCACUCUUUUAGACAAAUCAAUAUGUCGAUUAUGGAAAAGGCCAAGUCAACAUUCACAAUGGCAGGCAGAAUAUUGAAUGAAGUCAUCAGCUUCCUCGUGUUCACAGUCCUCGACGUUCUUGAUUUUUUGCUCUGUUACACUUACAAAGUAAUCGAUUUUAUAGUCGAAGCAGAGUGGAAGCCUUGUUACUGCUCGUCGGCUAAACAAGCCAUAACGAGCAAUGGCACAAUCUUGGUCUCCGAGUCCAAGAUUAUGUGUCUGACUUCUUCUUCUAGCUGCAAAAAACUGCAGCUAGAAGAAAUAUCAGACACACUCUACACGCGAUCCUCGCUAGCGGCUGAAGUGUCAAAAUUCACCGUGAACGAGCUCAAAAAGCUUAAAUUGGAGAAUGCCACAACUGUGAGAAAGGGAAAUAUGCGCUCGACUUUCACCGUAAACUCUACCAUUGUGGAAAUGCUGCAAGGCAAAAUUGGUGGCCAAAAAUCUCAUCCUAUUCCAAGAUGGUCGGAUUGUGAUUGUAAAACUUGUAAUUCUUGGAGCUCCUCUUGCAAAGAUACACUUUUUGUCCAUGUUGAUGGUGCCAAAGAGAACGUGCAAGAAAAUGUGAUCUUCAUACAUGGGUUCAUAUCAUCAUCAGAAUUUUGGACAGAGACUCUGUUUCCAAACUUUACAAAGGCUACAAAAUCGAAGUAUCGGUUAUUUGCGGUGGAUCUGCUAGGAUUUGGAAGAAGUCCAAAGCCAAAUGAAUCACUAUACACCUUAAGGGAGCAUCUAGACAUGAUUGAGAAAUCAGUGUUAGAGCCAUACAAGGUCAAAUCUUUCCACAUUGUGGCACAUUCAUUGGGCUGUAUCUUGGCGCUGGCACUCGCUGUAAAACACCCUGGCUUAGUUAAAUCCCUCACUUUACUUGCACCGCCAUAUUUUCCAACACCAAAGGGAGAACAAGCGACGCAGUAUAUGAUGAGGAGAAUAGCGCCAAGACGAGUAUGGCCAGUGAUUGCAUUUGGAGCGUCGAUAGCAUGUUGGUAUGAGCACGUUAGUCGAACAAUUUGCCUACUCAUCUGCAAGAACCAUCGUUUGUGGGAAUUUCUCACCAAACUCCUGACCAGAAACAGGAUAAGAACAUACUUAGUAGAGGGAUUCUGCUGCCACACACACAAUGCAGCAUGGCAUACUCUACACAACAUCAUUUGUGGUACUGCUGGAAAAAUAGAAGGAUACCUAGAUAUGGUGAAAAACCAUUUAAAAUGCGAUGUCACAGUGUUUCACGGCGAAGACGACGAGCUUAUCCCUGUCGAAUGCAGCUACAACGUACAGUCCAGAAUUCCUCGUGCUCGUGUUAAGGUUGUCGAGAACAAAGAUCAUAUCACCAUCGUUGUCGGAAGACAACAAGCAUUUGCUAGGGAACUUGAGGAAAUUUGGAAAAAUAAUUCCACAAGUUGAAAUAUUCCACAAGUUAAAAUUCCUCUUUUUCUUCCACCAUAAGUUAAAAAUGCUAUCCGAUGAAGCAAAAUUAAUUUGGAUAUAAUGAAAGCUUUAUUGGGCUAGUUUACAGUUCUUUUUUUAUCAUUGUUUUUUUUGGUUAAUGGGACCACGAAGCUCGGAUAUUCUUGUACUAGUAUUACCACAACUCUGUAAUGGGAUGGGAAAAUGUUUUUCCUCUAUAAAGAAGCGACCAAAGUACUACUGUUAAUGUCCAC